CGUGGACCAAUGAAAGAGUUGCUUUAGAUGGAGGAGCAAUCUAAGCCACAAAUCUCGUUUGUGAAUUCUGAGCCACUAGUUAAAGUUCAAACUCACGCGCUCUCCACUUCCUUGCAACUUGCUUCUUUCUUUGUCUUCUCUCUUCUCCCCUUUGCAGCACUCACACAAAAUCUACAGGAAGAUAGAAGAAGAUAAACUCGUUAAAAAUCUUUUGGAUUUGGAUUUGGAUCUGAUCUUAAAGGUGAACGUAUCAUCCAUGGAUCGUUAUUCGAGGAGGAACUUAGAGGAUCUUGUUGUGCCUAACUAUCAAGAGACAUCAGAUUCAUACCCUUCUCCUGAUAUGUGGGGUACUACUACUGGAUGGAACAUCAACUCCUCUGAAGCUGUUGCUGAGAAGUGCUUUGAUUACGAUGUCAUUAACAAUGGUUUCAGUGGAGGAUUAUACAGCCAGAUGGAGAUGGGGACGAGUGACCAAGUUGAAGAAGAAACAAAGAGGUUGAAGGCUAGUGGUUGCUUUGACCGUUCUCUUCAUGAUUUCGAUGAAAUCCAACAGAUGGAUGACAUGUUCUUAAGUUCCAUUUUGGAGGAUGUUCCAGGGAAUGAGGAUUUUCAUUCUUUCAAGGAGUCGGAUAAUGAUAACAACACCACAACUUCCUCCUCUGCGUAUCUUGACACUACCGAUGGCAGAGAAGUCCCUAUGUUCCAUUACAACUGGGAAACUUGUCAAGACAUGCCACUUAUGGAGGAGGCACCAAUGAAUCUGUGUGAGGAGAACAUGGAGGAGGCUUCUGCUGAAGAAGUGGUGUUGCAAGAUCUACAAAGGGCUACUGAAAAGUUAACUGAUGAUACCCGCAAGUGUUUCCGCGAUACAUUUUACCGGCUUGCAAAGAACUCACUACAGAAGUCAGACUCCAACUCGGAGGAGUUCCUUGAGGAUGGAACCAGCAACAAUACUGAAUUGGAAACAAACUCAAUGGACAGAGCCAUCGCCAACCUCACAUUCAACAAGAUGGAAUCCAACAUGAGAAAUAUGCCUGCACCAAAGAGACUUUCUUCCAUUCAAGGGUAAAGAGAAGAGUCUCAAGACAAAACCUCAUCAUAAUCUUGGGAAAUAACUUAUGUGUAUAUAUCUAUAUAUAUGUGUGUGUGUUUUG